GCCCGGCAGCUCGCCCCGAACGCGGCCGCAGGCGGACGGGUCCACACGACCACCGGCAGCUGCAGCACGACGAGACCCGCUGUCGAGCCGUCCGGCUACCCUGCGAAGGAGCUGCCGAAGGCGUUCACCCGCUGACGGGCUUUCCUGGGAACAAAGAGCAUCCGCGAUGGCGUCGCGGCCGGCAUCACAGCCACCACCACCACAAGAUGUCCCGGCACCGGCAUCAGCGCCUGGAGGAUCGCAGGCGCGGCCGCCCACGGCGUUCGUGCCGACUACCGGAAUGACCGGAAUGCCCAUGACCGGAAUGCCCAUGACCGGAAUGCCCAUGACCGGAAUGCCCAUGGCAGGGAUGCCCAUGACCGGGAUGCCCAUGACAGGAAUGCCCAUGACCGGAAUGCCCAUGACCGGAAUGCCCAUGACCGGAAUGCCCAUGACCGGAAUGCCCAUGACUGGAAUGCCCAUGACUGGAAUGCCCAUGGCAGGAAUGCCCAUGGCAGGAAUGCCCAUGGCCGGAAUGCCGAUGGCUGGCGGCCCUAUCAACGCGCGGCGCGGACCCUACGUUCAAAUGCCAACGCUGGGACUGGCGCCGUCGGCCUUGCCGGCUAUCCAGGGUUGCCCCGCGGGUCUGGAAUACCUGGCCCAGAUCGACCAACUGCUUGUCCACCAAGCUAUCCAGAUCCUGGAAAUGUUGAUUCCGUUCGAGCAGCAGAACAAGUACGUUGUGAAGAACAGCAUGGGCCAGUUCGUCUUCAUGGCGCUCGAGCAGAGUGACCUAUUGAGCCGAUGCUUCUGCGGCACCAUCCGACCAUUCCAGUUGUCGCUGCUCGACUACCGCAACGUCGAAGUGUUGCGGCUUUUCCGGCCACUUCGCUGCAACUGCAGCCUUUGUUGGUGCUGCCUCCAGGAAAUGGACGUGCGCGAUGCAUCCGGUGCUUCGAUGGGCUCCAUCCGGAUGGAGUGCACGAUCAUAUACCCGAACUUCUCGAUUCUGGACAGCCAGGGGAACGUUGUCCUGCUAGUCAAGGGCCCCUUCUGCACAACGUCCAUCUGUUGCCAGGACGUGGUCUUCGAUAUCUUAGCCACGGACGGCGUCAACAAGCUGGGCGCGAUAACGAAGACCUGGACCGGAGCGUUCAGGGAGGCCUUCACCGACGCCGACAACUUCACGGUCACGUUCCCCAUGGACUUGGACGUGAAGAUUAAGGCCGUGCUGCUCGGCGCGGUCUUUAUAAUUGACUUCGUGUUCUUCGAGAGCUCCGCCGGUCGGAACAACAUGGAUUGUCCCGGCAACUUGAUAAAUUAGUUAUUCGAAGAUCACCGAUUUUUUUUAUUCGUUGCUAAAGACAGCCAGACUGCCCAGAAAGGCUGCAACCAUGGCAUACUUCGGGGCCUUUGCGCAGUCGACUGCAUAUUUAUGAACGCAGUCCUAACAGCAAUUGCGUCUAUUGCGCUGACAGCGAGCUGGCUAUCGUUUCUGAUUUUCUGGUACGUUUCUUGAGCGAUAUAUCUUUCUUGGAUUUGUGGAGGCAGCUAAAUUACUGUGAAAGCAGCACAGAAUUCUCGUGGGUCUGGAAGCACAAAAAAGCGGAAGACGUGUUUGUAGGGUCCGUGUUAUACUGCACGAAUACUGUUGUCAUACGUCUGAACAUAUGCAAUAUCUGCCGAUUGUAGAGAGCUCGCACAGCAAGUACAAAAGUAAAACCUGGUUACGGCGUAAAUGUCCACGUAUAACGAAGACACGGUUACAGCGCCCGAAACACUGUCACCCUCUCCCCGUCAUUUUCCUGUAGAUAUCUUCACCUAUCCCUAUCUUGCGUCAGCCCAGCCCGUACCGUAUACCUGCAGAUUUUUUUCGUUAUUGCACCCCGUGCUUUGAAUAGCCUCGACUAUGUUUUUCCUUCCGCUUGACACUCCUCACGCUACGUUAAUGCGUCAACAAGUUAUUCGAACCCUCAACCUUGCGAGUUCGCACGAGAUGAGACUGUCCAGGGUGUUGUGAAAGACGUCCAAAUAAAACCACUCGAAACGAGGACUAUAACAGAGGAUAGUGGUAUAACAAAAUUUUUCAAAAGCUUUUUCGAAGGCAGCCAUAUAUUUGUCUUAGUGGUCGCGACGGCUCAGUGACGACAGCGUUCUUGUGCAAUUCGCGCACACGAGAACGGCACAACACACCGAUCGCAACCCUACGGUUUAAUGACGAAAAAUAAAAAAAUCGCGAACUGUAGUUGGCGUCUACGAAAUGUGAAGCAACUGGUGUAUCGUAUGAAUAAUGUAAAUCUUUUUGUUUUCCAUCAAGCAUGUGCAUCCUACCGACAAUUGGUUGU